AUGCCGGGGGCGCUGGCGGGGCGGCUGGCGGACGCGGUGGGCGGGACGGCGCUGACGCCGCCGCUGCCGCUGGUGGCCGAGCUAGCGGGCCUAUUUGGCUUUGCGGUUGACGGCGCAGACGAUGCGGCCGAGGACGCGGUCAAGGCUGUGGCGGCGGUCGGUGUUUGGAUGGGGACGCGUGUGGCGUCCAGAGCCGCUGCUGGCGUGCUGACGCCGGCCGACGUGCGAGUGGUCGGCGUGGCGCUGGCGCUGGCGGCGUAUCCGGCCGUCAACGAUGUCGCGGAUGCUGCUGGUGAUGCAGUAGAGCGGUGGCGCAACGCAGCGGUGACUUGGCUCCAGCUGCCGUUCAAGGUGACCGGAACGGUCCGCGACGCGCCGCUUGUGGAGGAUGCGGUUUAUGCACAGCUUGCGCCGGGCGGCCGAGCGCUGGUAGACGCUGCGCGGGUUCUGGACGACGCCACUGAGGACGUGUUCAAGACCCUGUGCCUUGCGGCACACUGGCGGGUCGGAUCUGUCCUCCGCGAUCACUAUUGGUUCUGGCUGACCGGCUCGGCGGGCGGUCGGGGAAGCCGCGGCCAUGCACUCGGUUAUGUGCUGGGCGUGGGCGUGCCGGCCUCGCAGUACUCGCUAUGCAACGACUACGGUGACAUGCUUGGCGAUGUCCUGCAGGUAUUGCUCACGCAUCCAGUGGUGGGCGGGGUCACGGCCAGGACCGGAUCUGGGCCCAAGGCCUGAGCGUGGAGACCAUGCCGGAUCAGCGGGCGAGGUUGGCGACGAGGUAGCCCACAAAGACGCCGGCAAGGAUGGCAAAGAAGAGCCAGGCCGAGUACGACAUGGCGAUGAGCAUGACAGCAUAGCCGAUGGUGAUGUGGAGGACGUGGGUCCCAGCGCGGACAAGCUGCCACAGCCAGGGAGCAAAUGGGCGAGCCGGCUCGUGCAUGCCCGGCACCAUAGCGCCCGGCAUACCGGC